CCUGCAACCAUCUUCCCGUAGGGACUCGGGGCGACUAACAUGGGGCCAAGCCCAAAUAAUCACAAUAAAACGAACAAAUAAUAUACAAUCAGAACAAAUCAGAACAGAUCUAUAUCCAUCCAUCCAUCUAUACUGACAUUCAGGAGCAAUCUUUAGAAUUCUGCGGUUUACAUCCAGACACGAUUGCUUCCACAUGGACAAUAAUAUGUUGCGUGUUCUAAAGUCUGCAAACCAAACAAUCUCUUUACAAUGGAUCAACCACAAAUAUAGCCUACCCACAAGCAUUGUGCAAUCACAUAUACAGUAGAGUCUCACUUAUCCAAGCUAAAUGGGCCGGCAGAAGCUUGGAUAAGCGAAUAUCUUGGAUAAAAAGGAGGGAUUAAGGAAACUCCUAUUAAACAUCAAAUUAGAUUAUGAUUUUAAAAAUUAAGCACCAAAACAUGUUAUACAACAAAUUUGACAGAAAAAGUAGUUCAAUAUGCAGUAAUGUUAUGUUGUAACGACUGUAUUUACGAAUUUAGCACCAAAAUAUCGUGAUAUAUUGAAAACAUUGACUACAAAAAUGGCUUGGAUAAUCCAGAGGCUUGGAUAAGCGAGACUCUACUGUAUUUGAAACUUGCUCUUCCUCUAUCCUUUAUUUCCCAUUUAACCAGACUGGGCCACAGCAAUGCGUGGCCGGGUACAGCUAGUGCUAUAUAACCCUGAGAGUUGUAGUUUGGAGUACGCUUUGAUAGUGAUGGGUUUAACUCCCGUGAAGCAACAAUAUCCAAUAUUCCACAGCUCUGAGCCAUAGCAGGGCUGCUGAAGGCUCCAACGCUGCUGGUGGGUAUGCAUUUCCACAUGUAGACACAGAACGGACCACAUACAACAAGAUCAAUUUAAACCAAAAAGUAGAUUUGUCCCCAAUACUGACAACAUUAUGAUCAAGGCAUUUGAAAAGGUAGUCACAAGAGACAUUGAAAGACUAUCUAGAUCAAAUAAUAGACGACACCCAAACAUGUCUAAAUCUGAAUUAGACAUCUUAAAUAGAUUAUCUACGAUGCCUGAACUUAUUUGGAAGCCCGCUGAUAAAGGUGGAGCCAUAGUACUACUAAAUGUAUCUGACUAUAUCACAGAGGUCAAUAAACAUUUGUCAGAUCACUCCUACUAUAAACCAAUACCAUCUGACCCCACCAAUAAAAUCAAAUCCUUGAUAAAAACUGUGUGUGCGGAGGGAUUAGCUUUGAACUAUAUUACUAUGCAGACGUUUAACUUUCUACAAAACCCAUAUCCCAGAAUCCCUGUCUUCUAUAUCUUACCUAAAAUACAUAAAGGUAUUAUACCCCCUCCAGGUAGACCUAUUGUAUCAGGCACAUCUUCAAUUUUAGAACCAUUGGUGAAGUAUUUGGAUUUUUUUCUUCAGCCUUUUGUCUCCAAAACUCAAGCCUACAUCAAAGACACCACUCACUUCAUUAAUAUUAUUGAAUCUUUACACAUUCCGAAACACUCUACUCUCAUGACCCUGGACAUUGUGUCCUUAUAUACCAAUAUCCCUUUAAAUGAGGCUAGGACUAUCGUAAAAGAUCUUUUUGAUUCUAGAACAUUACAAACACCACCCACACAUUUCCUUAUGGAUCUACUCGAUAUAGUUUUGGAAAAUAAUUAUUUUAGAUUUGAUGCGCAGUUUUAUUUGCAGACAUGGGGAAUAGCCAUGGGAAGUGCAAUGGCCCCCUCGUUAGCCAAUCUGUUUGUUGCACAGCUAGAAAUCGAUUACAUUUAUAAUCAAGAAAGGAAUCCCUGUUUAAAAGAUAUGAUUUAUUACGGGAGAUAUAUAGAUGAUAUAUUCACGAUUUUUUCUAGUUACCAGACAGCUGAACAAUUUAGUUCCUGGAUCAACACCAUUCACCCUAACAUUAAAUUUUCCAAAACCAUCAAGUCAACAGACAUAAAUUUUUUAGAUGUUUCUAUACACCAAGAUGAGAGAGGCCUGUAUGUAACUAAUUACUCUAAACCUACUGACAAAAAUUCUAUUUUGCAUUUCAAUAGCUACCAUCAUUAUUCACUUAAAGCCAAUUUGCCUUACUCUCAAUUUCUCAGAAUCAAGAGGAACAAUAGCAAGCCAGAUCAUUAUCUCUCAGCAGCCCAUUCUCUCAACAGUAAACUUAAAGCUAGAGGCUAUCCAGCUAAAAUACUACAACAGGCCUUUCAGAAGUCUCUACAAAUUAAUAGAAGUACAUUAUUGACAUACAAACCCAAACGACAACAGAACAGGAUAAUUUGUCCACUAACACUUACUACACAAACCCCACAUAUCCGCAAGAUCAUUAAUAAACAUUGGCACCUCAUACGGGAGAUCCCAGGAUGCAAAGAUAUACCUAUCAUAGCCCACAAACAAUCUAAAAAUUUAAAAGACAUUCUUAUUCAUUCUGACUUCAAAAAAUCCAAGGUAGAAUCCACAAGUAUUACAACAGGGAGUUUCAAGUGCGGUCAUUGUGAUGUAUGUUGCCUCACAUUUGACAUUAAGCAGUUUUUCCAUCCAUCAUUACACAUCAAAAUCAAUUUGAAAGAUUUUAUUACAUGCUCAACAGAAAACGUAAUCUAUGUUAUUCAGUGUCCUUGUGACUUGCUGUACAUUGGGAUGACCACUAGACCACUGAGAAUCAGAAUUCAAGAACAUCGUUCAAAAAUUAGAAGAGAAAGUCUAGAUUCCACUUUAUACACACAUUUUCAUGACAAAUCUCACCCAUAUAAUAGCUUUAAAUUUUUUGCUCUAGAGAAGUUACAUACUACUGCUUACACAGACAUUAGAACUGGUCUCCUCAGAAGAGAAACUUUUUGGAUUCACAAACUCAGAACAACCACACCUCAUGGUUUAAACGAUAGACUAGACCUCAGCUGUUAUCUGUAAUCUUAUAUUUAAACACUUAGAAAACUAUGUAUGACUGCUCGCGUCAUAGAAACCACAUUUCAGCAAACUGACACUGCGAAUCUAUAUACUGAAGCAGAGCAAUACAAAUAGAGCAGAGCCAACAAUAUACCAAUUGAAAACUAUUUGCUGCUUAUCCAUUGCCGCUUACCAGAAGAAGGACAACCGAAACUGGAGUAAGCCAGUAGUAAACGGACUAUUGCAAUCUACAGCCAGCUACUUAGAAACAGCAUUGUGUUCUCCUAGCUGGGGCUCUUGUUGACAACUACUCAGAAUCAACAUUCAUGCAGAGUUUGUUCCCCAGACUUGGGAGCUUACUCUUGAGAAACUGAACUGACUUCCAAUAGACUGUAAUUUCAAUAGAUAUGCUAUACAUUUGAUGUCAGCAACACAGGAUCUCAAAGAAUCAAAAGGACUUUUGGUCAAGCUUUUCAAUACCUGUGAAAUUAUUUUGCAAAGAUUGAAUGUGUUUAUAUUAUUAUUUUUGUUGCCAAAUUCAAUUGAAGUUUAAAUAGUGGAGACUAUUACAGUCUGGAAGAUACCACUGUGGAUUAUAACAGUUGACUGUAUAUAUCAUUUUCAUUAUUGUUGUUAACUCUCAGAUAAUAUUGUAUGUAUAUGGUGCUCUGAAUUACAUAGUGCAACUCAUGUUUUGAAA